AUGUCGUUCAUGACCGCGGAAAUGUCCAGUCAGAUUCCCACUGUGCUGAUCAUGCUCAGUGUGAUUUGUGUAGUGGGUACAGUGGGCAACUUGCUUGUGAUUAUUGUAUACGCUUUGAAGCACGAUCGACUCACAUCCACUCUGUUUAUUCUUGUCUUGGCUGUCACCGAUUUCCUCGCCUGUCUAACCCUCAUUCCUGGUACAAUAGCGAUUGAAUAUCUGGAGUGGAAGAUGCGCUCUGCAUUCCUUUGCAAAUCCUACUAUUUGCUCAACAACAGUUUCAUUCCAUUCAGCAGCUUGCUUAUCAGUUGCAUCGCGUUCGAUCGAUACUUUUGCCUGUGUCAUCCGUUUGCUAAAAUCAUGACCUUUGUCCGUGCAAAACGCAUCAUCGGCGUUCUGGUAUUCGCCUGCCUAUUUCAAGGCGGAUGUUCCACAUUCCUUGUUCGCAUUGAGAAAGUUCAGUCAACGCCAGUAUUGGCUACGGCUGAGGGUAAGAAUGACACCAACGGGGACGUGUCAUCAGUGAUCAACAGCACGGAGGGCGAUACGUACGAAUGCACAGAAGUGAUACGGGUGAAUGCUACCAUGUUGGAAUAUGUGUGGUAUCGAGUGACACAAAAAAUUCAGAUUGUCAGCUAUUUAUUUUGCAUUCUUUCGGUAACGGUGCUCUACAUUCUGAUCUACAGCUCAGUCUCAAAAGUAAGUCUAACUAUUUUGCAAUUGUUGCAUUUGAUUCCUAAAAUGAAGUUUACAUGCAUUGGUCAAUUUGAACCGGAAAUCGUCAAUGGCAAUGGCGAGAAAUGUCAGAAUAAUCAAUUGCUCACAGUUCACAAUCGUACGCGACAAAUCGACUCGAUAAAAUCCGAGGAACUUGAGCCUAACAGCAACCCACAGCGAGUAAAAGAUAAUCCGUUUCAGUUGAACUACAUGCGUUCCCCAACUGUCCCUUCUGUUCAGCUGGUUGUGGAAAAGGACGACACUGCCACUGAUAGAACCUGUCCUCUGGCGGAGCGAGAAGAAUUACUUUCAAAUAUUGGCCAGUCGGAAGAAAGCGGACCAAAAAUGUCCCGAAUUUCGGUGCCUAAACCAAUUCCGGUAAACCAAACCCCCAAAAUUUCCAUUCAAACAGAAUUAUCUUCCGGAGCAAACCAGGUUCCUAUCGAACCGGAAGGCCGAUCGUGCAUUAUAAACGGGGAACGAACCAGACUGUCCAGGAGACAUUUGGCUGAUUCGACUACAUUUCAGAAUUUGAAAACAGCGGCCAUGCUGUUCGUGGUCGCCGUUGUCUACAUCGUGGCCUUUAUCCCCGCAAUGCUCAUGGCCAGUGAACUGAUCACCUUGUAUCUGCCCGUGUUCUAUCUGUAUUACGUCAAUAAUGCGAUUAAUCCGAUCGUGUACGGGUUUAUGAAUCCAAACUUCCGAGCUGAUAUACGCAAACUGUUCUCUCAGCAUUGCUUUGGUUGCACCUGA